CCAUGUUUGCAUGACUACAGAUUGUAUUUGCAAGCGACACAAUGCAUCGGUUUUUAAUUCAGCACCAAGGACAGCUGACCGGCAAAGACACGCGCGAGGAGCGAGAGGAGUGGGCAUAUAGUGUGGGAGUGUGACGUGAGAGAAAGGGACAGGGUUUUGCUUUUGUUUUGUUUUUUGGGGGGUUUUCCUCAAAAGAGAGCACGGGUUGGGAUUAGGCUCGCGCUGUGGGUUGGAGUGGAUUACGCGGCGUCGCGCGCGCAGAGAGUGCCGCCGCGCUUCGUCGCCGCCCGACGAGCUCCUCGGUCCGCUCCGCCGCCAACUGGAUCGCGACCCCCGAGGCGCACCCCGACUCUCUCCGCGCCUGCCGCCGCAAUCACUCGCCCGCACCGAGGCGUCCCCUGCGGCCGCAUGGGAACAUGGCCGACGUCCCCCAGAUCGUCAAAAUCGGGAUUUCCCUGAAGAUGCUUCCGAACAACAGCGCGGUGUUCUUCAAGUCGGACGGGGCUCGGUUCGGGCAGACGCGGACCAUCAAGCUGCUGACGGGCUCCAAGUACAAGAUCGAGGUGGUGGUGAAGCCGGGAGCGGUCCAGGCCACCUCCAUGAGUGUGGGUGGAGUGACCUUUCCCUUGGAGCAGCAAUCCAAAGACCCCCAGUCUGUGGUUUACACCGGUCAGUAUGACACUGAGGGGGUGGCACACACAAAGAGUGGAGAAAGGCAGCCAGUUCAAAUCAACAUCCAGUUCACAGAGGCUGGAUCGUUUGAAACCGUGUGGCAGGUGAAGUUCUACAACUACAACAAGAGGGACCACUGCCAGUGGGGCAACAGCUUUAACAGCAUCGAGUACGAAUGCAAGCCCAACGACACGCGCACGCUCAUGUGGAUCAACAAAGAGAUGUUCGUCUGACGACCAGAGGCGGCGCGAGAGACGUGGACGUGUGCUUUAACGAGGCCUCCCUCCUUCAACCUUCUAUCGGUGUCAGAAAAUGCAAACCGUAACAGGCCGAUGCCCUUCUAUUUUAUGUCAAAGACUGCAUAAACCUCCUUGGCAAGUUUUUAUUUUUCCAUUUACACUCUGGUAUUCUGUCCCUCAAGUGUGGAAAAAAUAGUUUUAUGUAACAGUACUAUGGUUGUGAACGAUUACCUGUGUUUCCGAUGAGUAUGUGUUUUACAUAUGGUGCUACUGAUGUGGUUAUGUGGAUACGUAUGUAUUUGUAAGCUAUAUGCAGUACUGUGGAAAAGUCUUGAGCUGUCUCUUAUUUCUUGAGAUGUAUUUGAUUUGUUUAAGUUACUUAGCGCUGAGUAAUGAGAUUUGGUCACAAAGUCUCCACUGAUUCAGUGUUGUUCAUACAACAGGAAACUUGACAACCAUUUAUAAACUUAGGUCAAUCUAAGACACCAAAGAUAACACAGUUAGUCACAGACAGGAAAAACAAUCUAAUAUUUGAGCACUAAUAAACUCAAAAUCACAUACAUUGCUGUUUUUACCCAUUUUUCAUAUUCAUUGUUAGCUAUGAAAUAUUUAUUUUUGUUCCUUGUAAUCAACAAAAGCCAGCAUAAAAGUCAAACAACUGCACUGUUAAAAUCCAUAAUUUCACACACAUUCCUUACGCCUGCUGUAUUUGCUCAGUUUUGUUUAAUUGGCACCCAAGUGAUCAUCCCCCAUCUGUCUGCAAAGCACUGCCAUAAAAUAUGUGCGAGAACUCAGGUGGGGGGUGGGGGAGACUAACAGUAUGGCAGCAAUGGUUGGCAUGUAAAAGGUUCAUUGGCAGCAGGGUGCUAUAGAGUCUAGGAGAUUUGUACCAAUAAACUGAAGGCUGUAUAAAUGAGAUGCCUCUUCUAAUGGUUCAAAAAGGACUUGUGGCUUUGGCAAACUGAGUGGUUAUAGUAUUUUUUAUUUUUAUUUUUUUGGAAUGAAGAUCUGAAAGUAUUUCCUGAUUUCAGAGGGAUCCAACCUCUAAGUCUCCCUGAGAAAAGUACUGGAUACUCCAAUCAACUGUUUGGCAUGGCUUAUGUUCUGGUCAUGGUUCAUGGCUGUGGGGCUAUUAGGAGUUUAGUGUCCAGUUCACGUGUGCUUUGUGGAUCUUGAGACUCAUAACUGUGUCUCUUUGUGUGGAGGAGGAUGGUAGAGUAUGCCAAACCAAGAACUGCGUAAAUAUCCCAGUGGUGGUUGGAUUUUGCCGGAUCCGCCUCUUAUCUAGAAUCCGGAUGCAGGGACGAGUAUGGUUUGCAAACUUCAGGGUUUCAUCUUUGAUUUUCACAGAUGACAUGGUUCUUUUUGUCUUCGAACAAUGACUUUCGGCAUUCACAGUACGUAUCAGAGCGUAAUGUGACGUGGACAGGAUGAGAAUCAGUUUCAUUUAGCUUGAAACCCUGGUUCUCAAUUAGAAAAUGAUGAACUGCUUACUGUUGGUCAGUGCUUCUUAACCCUGGCCCCUACAGGUCACUGCCCUUCAUCUUUUAGAUGUGCAUCUGCUCCACAGGCUUCUCCAUUCAGAUGAUUGGAGAAGCCUGUUAACAACUCACUUGUUUAAGUCAUUUGUGGGAAACACCUAAAACAUGGAGGACAGUGGUUUGGAGGGACCAGGGUUGAGGAAUGAUGCUCUUGGUCAAGGUUCUCUCUCUGCCGUGUAAAGGAGAAGUUCUAGGAUCAGGAGUCUUGUUUAUAAGUUAUAGUACAAGGGAGCAGGAUAUAGAUGAAUAGAUUGGGGCCUUAACUGGGAUAAUGCAAUUGAUGUUCAGGAAGAAAAUAGUCAAAAAGGAAAUUCCUUAUUUAGAGUCUGUGGAGGUUCCUCCAUCUUCUCAGUGUUAAGUGUUCUUUUCUUUAGUGUUAGUAUUUAGUUAAUGUUUUAUAUUGAUAAUAUUUAUAUUGGUUAUAUCACUUUUUCUUUGGUGGGUUUUGGUAUUAAGUUGUUUACUAGAUUGGGUGCACACAUUUUAGUAAACGCUUGGUUUAUUUAGAAUAUUAAUUAUUUUGUUUUUGGUUGAGUUGAAGGACUGGCUGGGAGGAGUUGAUUGUCUCAAACCAGUAAUUGGAACCAACCAUCAGGCUGCGGGAAGCAGGGAAUUUGAUGUGGAAGACUCCUCCUCUCGCCCUGUUGACAUCUUCCUCUCACUCUAUUGUUAUAAUAUUUAUGGUGUUAGGUUGUUUUGUUUUAUAGUUGUGUUAAAGUAAAAUGUUGUGAUUUGAAUUUAUUUAUGUUUAUGUAUUGGUUGCUUCUGUUUGCUCCCCCACCCCUCCUUGUGUGUGUGUGUGUGUGUAGGCUAGCCUUUGUAUAUAAAUUCCCCUGUGUGUUCAUUGAGAAGAGUCAGUUAGUUUUGUUUGUUGAGUUGGUAUGCUUUAGUUGAUUAUUUUUUGGGCCCAUUUUUCUUAUAUUUCUUUUUGAAAUUUGUUGUAAAAAAAUCUUUAAGCUCUUUUUGAAAAAUUAAAUAGUUAUUUUUUUAUGCCUUUGUCCUUGAGUUUGCUGGUCGGACCAUCACAGAGUCCAUCAACAUUCUGACCCUGAAUUUUGGUGAUCUGAUCAAGGGCCCUUCCUUUGGAGGAUAUCUGGUCAUGUCCCACUAGACUUCAAGGCAGACCCAAGAUCUACCAAGGGGACUGUUUGUCCUUUCUGGAUUGGGAUUGCCCCCAGGUUGCCAGAACAAACUGGAGAACGUUUCUGGUGAGAGUAAUAUCAGGUUUUUACUGCUGGACCUGAUUCCCCUGUCACGCUUGUUCUUAAAGAAGUGGAAGACGAUGGUCAAACAUUUGAGACGAUGACCAGACCCCUCAUGAAAAGUUUCAUCUAUAAUGCCCUCAGGGUGUUACUGCCAUAUUUGGAGCCAUGUUUAUGCAUUCUUGAUUGCUGACCUGUUGAUCAAGUUUUAUUAAUACAGUUUUAAAAUGAUUAAACUUUUGGUACAAUCUGACCGACUUAAAAAGCAUCUUGGUUUGAAGCACUCUAUGUUUACCUAUGUGGGAGUUCCUUAUGUUGAAUACCGUCGUUUCAACAUUAAAUCCAGUUAUAAAAAUAGGUGUUUUAGCUUUGUAUGCAGUUCUUGUCUCCAGCGUGUUUGUGUUUGCUACCUCUUCUAAAAGGACCUGGCUGCCUCUCCAUUCGGGAGAGUGGAAAAAAAUGUUGUAUUUGGAAUAUUCCCAGCCAAAACCUUUAGUGACCUCUUUAUUGACUGUUUUAUAUUUUUUGGUGAAAUUAUAUAAGAAAAUACUUUUUUGUACAGAGAACCAUGAACUCUUUGCAAAUUGCUCAUUUAUUUUUUCAGAAAACACUCUCAAUUCUCAAUUAAAUUGAUCUAUGCAGAAUAUUAGGGCGACAAAAUGACAUGUGCAAUGUGCUGUUCUGAUGGGAUUUAUAUUAAGACGAAACUUUUCCUGUUGUUAAAGUGAUGUUUGUAAUGUUCUUAUAUUAAACAAGAAAAUAAUGUUUGCA